UUUUGGAACACAUUGCUUCUAUUAUCUUCAUACAGUGUUAUAGUUGAAAAUGCAAGUUAGACUUGAUUUGGAAAUGCGUUAAAGCAGGAAUCAUUAACUUUAUGGUUAGUGAAAAAGAAAAGUCACCGGGGGGCACAUUGGUAAAUAAAGGGAGUUAGGCAGGCCAUAUUGGUAACACGGGGGUCUUCAGCUCCGACGAGUGGCAAGUGAAGGUGUGGGAAAGCUAAUAAUCGACAAAAACAAACCGUCUUCUCUCCAUACGACUCGUCUCUGCAUCCGGACGACGACGAAGAUAUCUCCACUCAGUCCAAGAAGCUGCUCCUGCUCUCUGUUUACUCCGAUUACUCAACUGAUUCGAUCGCAACAACCAAUGUCGGCGCCGGAGAACUUCGAUCGGAUCCUCUAAUUCCGGUAACAUUAACUCCAUCAAGGCAACAAUAUGUCUCAUUCAUGGGACGGACUCGGGGAGAUCGCAUCAGUAGCGCAACUCACGGGCCUCGACGCCGUCAAGCUCAUCGGCCUCAUCGUCAAAGCCGCCAACACCGCGUGGAUGCACAAGAAGAACUGCCGCCAGUUCGCUCAGCACCUCAAGCUCAUCGGGAACUUGCUCGAGCAGCUCAAGCUCUCCGAGAUGAAGAAGUAUCCGGAGACUCGCGAGCCUCUCGAAGGCCUCGAGGAUGCUCUGAGGAGGUCUUAUAUUUUGGUUAACAGCUGUCGGGACAGGAGCUAUCUCUACUUGUUGGCUAUGGGGUGGAACAUUGUGUAUCAGUUCAGGAAGGCUCAGGAUGAGAUUGAUCGGUUUCUUAAGAUCAUUCCUCUCAUCACUUUGGUUGAUAACGCUCGAGUUAGGGAGAGGUUAGAGUAUAUUGACCGUGAUCAGUUCGAGUAUACUUUUGCUGAAGAGGAUAGACAUGUGCAGGAUGUUAUUAUGAAACAAGAAUCCACCAGAGAAGCAGCUUCUGUGCUGAAGAAGACUCUCUCUUGCUCGUACCCUAACUUGCGGUUCUGUGAUGCUCUCAAAACGGAAAACGAGAAACUGCAGAUCGAGCUUCAGCGUUCGCAGGAGCAUUAUGAUGUGGCUCAGUGUGAAGUCAUUCAGCGUUUAAUCGGUGUUACUCAAACUGUUGGUGAGGUUGAUGGCGGCUCUGAGAAGGAACUGGCGAAGAAAGCUUCGAGAAAAACUGUUGAAUAUUCGUAUGAGGAAGAUCAUCCCAAGCAAAGCAGUAGUCGUGCAGCUUCGAGGUCCACCUCUUCUGUUACAUCGAGGCAUGAUAUGCUUUCACGAAGAGAAUCACAGCACCAUGAAGAAUGGCAUACCGACUUGCUAGCUUGUUGCUCGGAACCUUCUCUUUGCUUGAAGACAUUCUUUUUCCCGUGUGGUACUUUGGCGAAGAUUGCCACUGCAGCAACUAACAGGCACAUGUCUUCAGCUGAAGCAUGUAAUGAGCUAAUGGCGUAUUCUUUGAUACUUUCGUGUUGCUGCUACACUUGCUGCGUUAGGAGGAAACUCCGGAAAACACUCAACAUAACGGGAGGGUACAUUGACGACUUUCUAUCUCAUUUGAUGUGUUGUUGCUGUGCUCUAGUUCAAGAACUGCGAGAAGUUGAGAUUCGUGGGGCUUAUGGUAUGGAGAAGACGAAAGUAAGUCCGCCUCCUUCGCAGUUCAUGGAACAUUGAAUUCAUAUUCAAUCAUAUACGACGUUUCUUAUCUCUCUGAAUAUGACACACGAGAGAUUCUUCUUUCGUACUAGAUCGUUGUUGUGUGUAAAUUGGUUUGGGAUCGAAGUUUUCAGUAAUUGUGUUGUGUGUAUUGUAUCAUAGACUUACAGAGUAACUAGCUUCUCUUGCU